CGGGCCUGUCUAUUGUUGGGGGAACAGAAAGCGAGUUGAGAUUGAUAUACGGGGGCCGAAGACAAGUUGCGCAUAUGAUCAUCGGAGCAGCUGCGGUGCGGACAGCGGCGGCCAACAAGUGCCUGAACGCAUCCUCCAGACAUGGGUUGCUACGACUGCUGUAUGCGCUGUUUGGGUGGUGUGCCAUACUGCUCCCUGGUUGCCACGCUCCUGUGUUUCUCUGGCAUCGCCCUCUUCUGUGGUUGUGGGCACCAGGCGCUCACAGAGACGGAGAGAAUCAUCGAAACAUACUUUGCCCGUAACCUUCAGGACUACAUAACCCUUGCCUACAUUAUUCAGUAUUUCCAGUAUGUCAUCUAUGGUUUGGCCUCCUUUUUCUUCCUCUACUGCAUCGUGCUUUUGGCUGAGGGAUUCUACACCACAAGCGCUGCCAAGCAAACCUUUGGAGAGUUCAGGAGCACCAUGUGUGGCCGCUGCCUCAGCUCCACGUUCAUAGUGAUGACAUAUGUCCUGGCUGUGCUGUGGCUCUUGGUGUUUGCCUUCUCUGCCUUGCCUGUUUACUUCUUCUACAAUAUGGAUGCCACCUGUCACACCAUUGAUGUUCUGACUGAGACUCCAGCCAGUAUCAAUCAGCUCUGUGUUGAUGCCAGGCAAUACGGACUCCUGCCGUGGAAUGCAGUGCCAGGAAAAGCUUGUGGUAUGACUCUGUCGAAUGUUUGUAAGACUACAGAGUACCGAAUGACCUAUAACCUCUACAUUGCUGCGUUUGCUGGUGCAGGCAUCACUCUCUUGGCGUUGCUGACCUAUACUGUGUCAACCACCUAUAACUUUGCGGUUCUGCGGUAUCUGGGGAGAAAGGGCAUAGGGGCACGGUGUUAGCUUCCUGUCCACUCUGUCACUAAAGCGCCACCAUCUAUGGGAUCUAAACAGAAGAUGAAGCUCUCCUUUCUUCUGCAACAUCUGCACAGACCCUGUGGUGUUGGCUAUUUGGACCACAGACAAGAACUCUUUAAAAUCUUGUCUUUGAAUUUGUACUUUUCUUGUGGAAAAGCAUGUCUUCUUUUUUCUCUUUUUCCUUAUGUUUUUUUCACAGGUGUGUAUUUUGAUAUUAAGUCCUUUUCAGUAUUUUAAUGCCAUGUCAAGUUAUUGUGUUUGUUGCUUGCUCAUGUUAGGGUCUAAAAUGCAUCUGCAUCUAAUUGUACUCAAACUGAAAACAACACAUCUUACUUACAUAUUAAUAUUUGUUAGAAAUAAUAACCAAAUAACUACACUUGCAGCUGUUAGGGAGAGUAGGGAUUAGAGGUUACCAUAGCUACCAUCCCUCACAUCUGGUUGCCAUGGUGGCAGACAAACGUGCAUUUGCAGUCUCACGCUGACCUCGGGACUUUUCUCACGGGCUGGAGAAAAGCUUCAACAAUGGAGUCACCCCUGCUUUAAAAGCUGGCCAAUAAUGGAGCCAGUUCUGGGGGCCACCUGCGAUACGAGUCUCUGCCACGGGUUAGAUUACAUGUCAAGGGAGAGGGCCCUCUGGACAAAGACGUGGUAAGACCUCUCUAAAGCCAGAAGGCAGCUCCUCUAGGACAUCAGCCCCCCACACAUGCACAUGCUGCUGCAUGACCCCGACAUGCCCCUGCAUAAUGGACAUGAGUGAGAAGACUGAAGGCAUUUGAAUAGUUGGACAAAGGGACAUACUUGUUUAGCUGGUUUAUCCUGAUCUAGAAAGGUCUGAAAUUGUUUCUCAUAAUUUUGAGAUACCAAAAGCACUAGGUGCUAUUUUUUCUUCUUCUUUUAAUUACCUCAUUUUAAUAGACAUGAAACACAUUGUUGAAGUGCGUCUCCCCCCGCUGUUAAUGCAUGACUGAGGUACUUCUAUAGAGAUAAGACAACUUUGUUUCAUCUCCAAUUCUUUAGGGAUUUUGGUGUAGUUAUUGUAUAACACAUUGUUUUACUUAUUGUAGCUAAACUUACUAGUACCUUUACUACACUUUGGCUAUUACUAACAAUGUUUUGCAGCAUAAGUAGAUUAUUCUCUUUGGUGGAGGCUUUACCCAGCUGGGAGUAGAGGAUUUGUUAAGUGGCAGCUGGCUGUUUGAUGAUUAUUAUAUGUGUUGGUAAUAUUUGAUAAUAAAAGGAUUAUUCUUUGGCGUAUUUG